ACCAUUAUCGGCAGUAGUGUGAAAAUUCUACAUGACUCGACAUGACAACAUGCUCCGAAAAUGUUUAUCGUGAAGAGUAUUCAUAUUUCGUUUAACGUGAACUAUACAUCAGUGCAUGUGGAUGCCAAAGAGGAAACGAAUCCUACUAGUGAUAAUGUAGAACUUGGCGAAAUGAAGAGCAAACCGACUUUUACAGUAGAUAUAGUGAGGGGUAAUCAGACUCUAGGCUUCACGUGUUUUUUUAAUAAUCAACCUGGUGCAUCGGGUGCAGAUGAUAAUUAUAAUAACAUAUUUGGCAUCAAUGAAAUCACGCUGUAUGAAGGAGAACACAGCAAUAAGUAUCUGUACGACCUACUGAUGAACUACCUCGAGGAGAAAGGCAUUUCAAAUGAGUUUGCAGAGAAACUGAUCGAUUUGAGCACAUGCUACGAGCAUACAGCUUAUGUUAGCCUAGUGGAGGGCUUAUCAAAAUUCACAUCCGUAAAGUAAUUCUAGGAUCUAACAUUAAGUUUAUGCGAUUCGUGAUACUGUAGUUUGUAAAAGUAUAUAUAUAUA